CAGGCUUGCUAGUUGGCAGUGAACGCUCCGGCGACAACGAUCGUAUCCUUCGACCGAAACGGUUUAAGCUUUGCUGAAGUAGGUUUUACCCACAGGUUACAGCUGCACUACGCCAACGAACGAAACACUCGACUAGAACACAAUCCCAAAAUGUUCAAGAACCAUCUUGCUAUGAUUGGCAUGAAUGAGACGCCAAACAAAAAGGCCAAGUUUUGGCAGUCAUACAUCAGAUCCUUGAAGGGAUCUGAUGAUAUUCGUGCACACGACACUCCGGCCUACCGGCGGCCGAUUCUGCUGUUCGACGAACCGGACACUGCUGUCGGUCGCAUCAAUUCGCCCGGUUACCAUUACCUGCCGGUUCACCGCGAAACCUAUGGCUACUCGCCUCGUCCCAUCUACGACCAUCACUACACGCGUUCGCAGAGAGCACCAAGCGUAAACAGACUGGCCGAUGCGGAGAAAGCCUGGGCUGACCAUUUGGAACGGAUGAGGGAUAUCGACCGCAGAUACCCAUCGCGCUAUGGACUGUACCUCAAGGACAAACCGAGCCAGGUAGUGUUCCCGCAGGAGAUGGAGUACGAACCGGAGACGAAACCGCUGUACUCGACGCUGCACUAAGGCGAAGCCACGCCGUGCCCGGCCAGUAUGCUAGAAGGCUUGCUGACACUCCCUAUUCUGCUCCUUUAUCCGACAGUUGAAUAACUUUUCCUCCCCUACCCUUGUCUCUCCCAACGGCUGGCCAGCACAAAUUUCCCCAUUUCCCAUUUCCGCUUACUUGAGAAUCA